AUGCCUCACAAACAUAAGAGACGCGAGCACGAUGCCUCGCAAUUCGAUCUCCCACCUUCCAUGAUCGCAAAGUCACUUCCAGUGCGCGAGCAAGGACCCAAGAUGAACAAGACCUUCAAGAAGGGCGCAAAACCGACACCGAAGCCAAACAAUGGUCAGAAGCUGCCAUCAGGCCCGGCAACCUUCCGCCGCAAGGGCACAAUGGAAGAUGACACACCGAAAGCCUUCCAACGCUUAAUGCAGUUCCGAACAACCGGCCGACGAGCACCUUCCGGCCUGGAAACCGGCGAGAAGAAGGAGAACAAGAAGCGCAAGCGUGAGGAAAACGCAGAUGCCAAGAACGGACCUCAGAAGAAAACGGCUUCGACAGUCUCCGAGCAGCAGGCUGCCUCCAGUGCCACCGACGCCAAGAAGACUAUGCCGAAGAUUCUACCUGGCGAAAAAUUAGCGGAUUUCGCAGCGCGCGUUGAUCGUUCGCUCCCACUUUCGGAAAUGACCAAGUCAGCCAAGUCCGGUGUGCCGGGUAUGCGUAACCACAAGAUUACGAAGCACGAGAAGCAUCUCCGCCGACUGCAAGAGGGGUGGCGGAAGGACGAGGCCAAGCUGAAGGAGAAGGAGCAGGCCGAGCGCGAGGAGCGAGAAUUCGAGAUGGGUGACCAAUUAGAGCUGCUGAAUGAGUGGGAACGUGAGAUGCGGGGUGGAAAGAAGAAGAAGAACGUUGUGAAGAAGAAAGCCGGUGAUGCGGGUAGUGAUGAUGAUGACCCGGACCCGUGGGCUAAGCUGAAGAAGCGCGACAAGGAACGUCAAACUAAUCCGUUUGAGGUUGCCCACGCGCCACCAACCCUAGCGAAGCCAAGAGAGAUCUUCAAGAUCCGUGGUGGUGCUAAGGUGGAUGUUGCCAAUGUUCCCAAUGCUGUGGGAAGUUUGAGGCGGCGAGAAGAGCUGGCUGGGGAGAGAAGAAAUAUCGUUGAGGAGUACCGUCGCUUGAUGGCCGAAAGACGGGGGAAUUGA